GAAAUAGUGAGACUCACUCUAAGGCAGGUUUUUUCGCAGGAGGGUCGCAGAAGAGCGCGACAUGUUUCGCUUUCUGGUGCUGACCUGCUGGCUUUGCAUUGGCGGGGCUGCAGGACAAAGAGAUGGCGAAAUUAUAAGUCAGAUAAAAAUGACUAACCUUGUCCUGUCCGAGAUAAAAGAGCUGAUGAAACAACAGAUUAAAGAGAUAGUAUUCCUAAAGAAUACUGUGAUGGAGUGUGACGCCUGUGGGAUGGGAGCGGGGCUGCCUCGUCCUUCCUGUACGCCCAACCCCUGCUACCCUGGGGUGAGGUGCAUGGAGACGCCUCGCGGUCCAAGAUGUGGGCCCUGUCCAGACGGCAUGGAGGGCAACGGCACCCACUGCACUGACGUGGACGAGUGUUCUGUGUUACCGUGCUACAGGGGUGUGCGGUGCAUCAACACCUCCCCAGGCUUCCGUUGUGGUUCCUGUCCCUCAGGAUACACCGGGCCUCAGGCAUAUGGUUUCGGCCUGGCGUACGCCACUGCAAACAAACAGGUGUGCACGGACAUCAAUGAGUGUGACAACCCCAACAAUGGUGGUUGUGUACAGAACUCCAUCUGCAUGAACACUCCAGGCUCGUUCAGGUGUGGCCCCUGUAGGCAGGGUUACGUGGGUGACCAGCGACUCGGCUGCAAGCCUGAGAGGGCAUGUGGAAACGGCCAACCCAACCCCUGCCAUGGCAGCGCCAAGUGCAUCGUCCAUCGAGAUGGCAAGAUCGAAUGUCAGUGUGGAGUUGGUUGGGCUGGCAACGGCUUGCUGUGUGGACCAGACAUCGACAUUGACGGUUUCCCAGACGAGAGGCUGAACUGUCCUGAGAGAAACUGCGCCAAAGAUAAUUGUCUCACUGUGCCCAACUCUGGUCAGGAAGAUGCGGAUCGUGAUGGAAUCGGGGAUGCUUGUGAUGAUGAUGCAGAUGGGGAUGGGAUCCCCAACACACAGGAUAACUGCGUGCUCGUGCCCAACGUGGACCAAAGGAACGUCGACGAAGACGACUUCGGUGACGCUUGCGACAACUGCCGUGGGAUCAAAAACAACGACCAAAAGGACACCGAUGUGGACCGCUUUGGCGAUGAGUGUGAUGAGGAUAUCGACGGGGAUGGGAUCCCCAAUCACCUGGAUAACUGCAAACGGGCUCACAACACCGACCAGAAAGAUCGUGAUGGUGACGGUGUUGGAGACGCCUGCGACAGCUGCCCUUACAUCCCCAAUCCAGACCAGUUGGAUGCGGACAACGAUCUUAUCGGAGAUCCUUGUGACACCAACAAAGACAGCGAUGGCGACGGUCACCAAGACUCUCGAGACAACUGCCCAGCCGUCAUCAACAGCUCCCAGUUGGACACCGACAAGGACGGCAAGGGAGACGAGUGUGAUGAAGACGACGACAACGAUGGCAUUCCUGACCUGCUGCCACCGGGUCCUGAUAACUGCCGUUUAAUCCCGAACCCCCAGCAGGAGGACUCUGAUGGUAACGGCAUAGGUAAUGUGUGCGAAAGGGAUUUCGACAACGACACUAUUAUUGACACCAUUGACGUUUGUCCUGAAAACGCUGAGGUCACGCUCACUGACUUCAGGGAGUACCAGACUGUGGUCUUAGAUCCUGAGGGCGACGCUCAGAUCGACCCCAACUGGGUAGUGCUGGACCAGGGAAGAGAGAUUGUCCAGACAAUGAACAGUGAUCCUGGGUUGGCUGUUGGUUACACCGCUUUCAGUGGUGUCGAUUUCGAAGGAACAUUUCACGUCAACACAGUCACGGACGACGACUACGCAGGAUUCAUUUUUGGGUACCAGGACAGCUCCAGUUUCUACGUGGUCAUGUGGAAGCAGGUGGAGCAGAUCUAUUGGCAGGCCAACCCGUUCAGAGCUGUGGCGGAACCGGGCAUCCAACUGAAGGCCGUCAAGUCCAAUACAGGACCAGGUGAGAACCUACGGAACGCCUUGUGGCACACCGGCGACACGAGUGACCAGGUGAAGCUGCUGUGGAAAGACGCUCGCAAUGUUGGCUGGAAGGACAAGACCUCUUAUCGCUGGUUCCUCCAGCACCGACCGGCUGACGGAUACAUCAGGGUACGCUUCUAUGAGGGUCCCCAGAAGGUGGCAGACACCGGAGUGGUAAUAGACGGUACAAUGAGAGGAGGCCGACUCGGAGUCUUCUGCUUCUCCCAGGAGAACAUCAUCUGGGCCAACCUGCGUUACCGCUGCAAUGACACUCUACCAGGAGACUUUGACACUUACCAGGCUCAGCAGGUUCGGGUGGUGGCCUGAAGAGAAUGCAUCAAAAAACCAUCAAAACCAAGGAAUUCUGAAAAAAUGCUAAGUAAUGCACAUUAAAACCUGAAGACUGAUUAGUCUGAUGAUCCAAGUCAAUGAAAACUGAAUAAGGCCCUAAAAUUGUUCGUGUUGGUUACAAGUUGCUCUUAACAUCUGACUCCUACACAUUUUUACAAAUUAAUA